AUGUCUUCUGAAGAGUACAGACGCAGACUUGAAGAAUUUUGCAGAUUGGUGCGAGAACUGGCCAAAGAUAUUGAAUUUUACGAAGAAAAGGAAAAGGUCUUGAGAAAUUUGAUCAUGUCUCCUCCUCUGCGAUUGGAAGAACUGAGCAUGAAAGUAAUCUGCGAGAAUAUCAAAAAUAUAACGAGUUUUGUGAAUCAUUCCAUUGCAUUGCAAUUGAUUCCUAGAUCAUUAGUUAAGGAAAUCAUAAAAAUUGGUGAGAGAGUGAAUAAUGCUAUACCAGGAGCAACUCAGACUCAGAGCGUUGCCAAAAUCAAGAUAGAAAGCAUCAAUUUGAAAGUGCCACAUCUCACACCCAACGAUAACAUAAAGUUGCAGCUAUUGCCGCGUAUCAAGGCAGAUGAACCUAUGUUGAUACCGUUCCGCAGAUGGGAAUUGCACGAGCUUCCAGCACUAACGCAAGGAUCCACUAUAGAAAUUUGGUCGGUCAAGACGUGUUCGGCGUUAGAAAGCCCGAGAUAUGUUAUAGUAUUUUUCCAAACGAAAAAAUCUGAUAACAUACAUGAAGAUGUGACCUUGUUCGAUAAUGCCAACAUAAAAUCCAUAAGAUUGGCUCUGAAUAGUGACUAUUAUCCACAAGAACGAAUGCAAUUGGACUUUUCCAAGGACCAAUAUGCUGAUGCCCACUUCAACUAUACAGAGUUCAACAAGAGCUACCAUAACUGUUCACAGAAGCGCUCUCUAGUGAAUUUCGAUGAAUUCAAAACCAGACCGAUGUUUGUUAUCGAUUGCUCAAGGCGACAUCUAGGUUUGAAGUCGUCCACAAUUGACAUCAAGUUGGAUAUUGAAGCGACUACUGGCUUCCCUGCCGACACCAAAGCCUAUUGCAUCAUCGUUCACGAUCAAAUCAUGGAACACCUCCCACUCAGCGAAAUUGUUCGAAAUAUUGCCUAG